UCUCAAUACGUCCUCUGCUCACAGUCUGCAACAUUGGGGUAUCCUCACAUCAGCGGUAGAGGGGAGAGUGUGCGCUUCUCUGAGCGCAUGAGAGAGAGAGAGAGAGAGCGAGUGGAGCGUGUCGAACACUUCGGGCGGGUUCAGUCCUUUCCUUCACCCUGCCUCCCCGUCCUGCGCUGUCUGAUUUGGGUUGUGGACACUCGACAGACUGCGACUAAGCAGCGAGUUGACGCCCGGGACUCUGCACAGCCUGCAGGCGAGAGCGAAGGUGUUGCCCGGGGAGAUCGGAGCACCAGCCGGGUCCGCAGCUGCAGUCUAAUGUCCUCUGUCCUGGAGAUCAGCGCGGUUAGCUGAAGUGUGAGUGAGUGUGUGUGUGUGUGUGUGUUGCAUGUGGGGGUGUGGUCUGAUGGAUGUGCGCGGGGGUGAGCGUGUGAUGCGUCCAGGCUCGGACACGGCUCUACUCUCGCCUCUGCAGCCCCCUCUACUGCUCAGACCUUUCAGCCCUCAGGUCUGCGCCCAGUACAGCCAGCAGCAGCUGCAGCAGCUGCGGCAGUUGCGAGACCAAGAGGAGGUCAAACAGCAACUACAGCAGAUACGUCACAAAGACAAGAGCCAGCAGAGUGCCGUGGCCAGUUCUGUGGUGAAGCAGAAGUUGGCGGAGGUGAUUCUGAAGAAACGGAAUCAGAAAAGCGGCCCAAGUCCUCUGAGCAUCCCGGCAGUGCCCUACAGGGAGUUGGGUCCAGAUCCCAGCAGUCCAGUGCAGCCUCUCCUCUCCUCCCCACCACAGACCCUCCGAGAUGAUGACCGACCGCUGCGAAGAGCAACCUCCGAGCCCAACCUGAAGGUGAAACACAAGCUGAAGAAACAUCUCCACACUCGGAAGAGUCCCCUGACGCGUAAGGAGAGCGCCCCACCCACAGUAAAGCACCACCGUGGCGCUGACCCACUGGACUCCUCCCCGAGUAGCAGUAGUACUCCUGUGUCUGGCUGCAGCUCUCCUAAUGACAGCUUGCCCAACGAGAAUGGCGUGCUGCCCCCUAGUGGUGGACUGCCCCAUGAGACCCAGAGACUCCUCCUCCCAGAUGGCUCAUUGGCUCAUUUCUCUGUCCCGAGCCCUUCUACCCUCCCUACCAUCACACUGGGUCUUCCUGCACAUGCUAAGGCGGAGGGUGAGCUGGGGUCUCUGAAGCUGGGCCAGGUGCCCGUCAUGCCGGGCGGGUCGCAGGUUCUGGUGCCUCUGGGCGUGGAGGACCAGGGCAGCCCCCUCGUUCAGCCCGUGCUCAUCCUGGAGCCUUCCAACCUUGUGCAUGCGCCCCUGCUGACUGUCCCAGGUCUGGGGCCUGUCCCUGUGCAGCUCAGCACUCCAACAGGACCCCAUAAACCCUUGAGCCGCACGCGCUCAGAGCCGCUGCCCCAGAGCCCACAUGCUCUGCACUCACACCUGCUCCAACAGCAACACAGUGCUCAGCUGCUGGAGAGACUCAAACAGCAGACACACCUAGGCAAGCUCAUGUCAAAAUCAAGUGAGAAACCGAGACUCCGGCAGAUCCCUUCUGAGGACAUGGACUCAGAAGAGGUGGGGCCAUCGUCCACUGAUGCUCACCAGAGCAGGAGCAGGGCUGAGUCACGGAGGGAGGUGGAGAAUCAAGAGGAGCAACUCAACAUACAACAGACACUCAUACUCAACCAGUCACGUCUGUGGGAGACACAGAAACAGCUUCAGCAGUUACGCAGGCAGACAGCCCACAUGGAGACGCUGGCAGUCCCCAUUAUGUUCAGUGGUCUCCACCGCCCGCUGUCCCGUGCAAAGUCCUCGCCUGCGUCCACCUCUCUCACGCUGCCCGAGAAAACCAUGGCAACGGAGCCCUCACAGAGCCAACCAGUCUUCACUACCGGCCUGGUGUAUGACUCUCAGAUGCUGAAACACCAGUGUACAUGUGGUGAUAACAGCAGUCACCCUGAGCAUGCUGGGAGAAUUCAGAGCAUCUGGUCUCGUCUGCAGGAGCGGGGCUUGCGUGGCCAGUGUGAGAGUAUUCGGGGUAGAAAGGCCACUCUUGAGGAGCUACAGUCUGUUCAUACUGAGCGUCAUGUCCUGUUAUAUGGCACGAACCCCCUUAACCGCCUCAAACUGGACAACCGCAACCUCGCUGGUAUCCUGUCCCAAAGAAUGUUCAUAAUGCUGCCCUGUGGAGGUGUGGGGGUAGACAAUGACACCAUCUGGAAUGAGAUGCACACUUCCACAGCUUCACGCUUGGCUGCCGGCAGUGUAACGGAACUGGCCUUCAGAGUGGCUAAGGGGGAACUGAAGAACGGCUUUGCUGUGGUGAGACCUCCAGGACAUCAUGCUGACCCCUCUAACCCAAUGGGUUUCUGUUUUUUUAACUCAAUAGCGAUCGCUGCCAGGCAGCUGCAGCAGAAGCUGAGUGUUACUAAGAUCCUCAUCGUGGACUGGGACGUUCACCAUGGCAAUGGCACCCAAGAAAUAUUCUACAAUGACCCCAGUGUGCUGUACAUCUCACUCCAUCGCUACGACGACGGCAAUUUCUUUCCCGGGAGCGGCGGACCAGCGGAGGUGGGUUCUGGCGCAGGGGAGGGUUUCAACGUCAACGUGGCGUGGACCGGCGGCCUGGACCCACCUAUGGGGGACGCGGAGUACCUGGCAGCCUUCAGGACAUUGGUGAUGCCCAUUGCUCAGGAGUUCUGUCCCGACAUUGUUCUGGUGUCGUCCGGCUUCGAUGCGGCUGAGGGACAUUCUGCACCGCUGGGAGGAUACCGAGUCACGGCCAAAUGUUUCGGAUUCCUCACACAGCAGCUCAUGACGCUCGCAGGGGGACGUGUGGUUCUGGCCCUGGAGGGGGGUCAUGACCUCACCGCCAUCUGUGACGCGUCGGAGGCUUGUGUCAGCGCUCUGCUGGGGUUGAAGAAUCCUUUUCCAGAGGACGUUCUCCUGCAGAAACCCAGUGCUAAUGGAAUUCUGUCACUACAGAGAGUCCUGCAGAUACAGAGUCAGUACUGGCCUUGUGUGAAGCCCCUGAUGUCUACGGUGGGUUUGCCGUUUCUGGGACUCCAGAAGGGCGACUGUGAGGAAACAGCAGUGAGAGCCCUGGCUUCCCUCUCUGUAGGAGUUCUUACCAGCAAGAGCCUCCCUGAUGAACCUAUGGAACAUGACCAGGACUCUAUGUAGGCCACGCCCACCUUUCCUCAAACUCCAUGUCCAAUCACAGUGAAGUUCCAUGUCACAUGACUGCGAGUGAGCUCAACCUCUCUUGCUGCCUUAAGACCAGCAGUGCCUUCGACGUGAGGAGCUGGGGGGGGUCACUUCCUGUUUACUUCUCUGCUGCAUCCCCCAGGCUCCAUAGUGCCCUUGUGUCAGUAUAGCGGUGCGGCUAAGCUAACGGACUGUAGCCCCGCCUCCACCGGGCCUGUGGCUUCUGGAACUUUCCCUCUAUCCACACCCAGUACGUACACUGACACAACAGAGUUGAAGGAAGAAUCCUGUUCUGUUGCCUAACUAUGCUUCACCUUCCACUGAAAUGGGCCCGUGAAGGCGCCGGUCCGGGCCGGUCCGUGCUCACUGUGUUCUUCCCUCGCUCUCUGAGGAACUGACCGACCCUUUACCGUUGGGGGCCAGAAGCAGAGGGUUCGAGGAGAGCAACUCGCUGCGCUCUCUCUCUCUCGCUGGACUGUCACCGCGAGGAAUUCCCCAGAGCAGUGUUUGCACCUGGCCACCACAAAGUGGGUCCUGUCUUAAUGAUGUCAUUUCCUUCACAUUAACCACUAAAGAAAGAAAAUGGAUGGAUGAUCUGGACCAACGAUUUGUUCUUGACUUUUUUUUUGCACUGUGCAUUCCAUAAUGUGAACUGUGAUUUUUUUUUUUUCCAAAAACUCGGGGAAAAGAACAUCUAAGUUAUUUUGCAUAACAUUAGAUAAUUGUUUGAAGAGGAAACAUUAGCAGAAUCGACUGCGUUCUGGAAUCUUCCCAGUUACAGUUAUGCAGACGCACAAGACAACACACUUGCAUGUGCUUGUAGGGGUGGUGUGUGACGCCUGAUGGUGCUCAAGACCAGAAGGGCAAACCUGGUUUACCACACACACACACACACACACACACACACACACACACACACACACACACACAUAUAUAUAUAUAUAUA